AUGAGACCCGAUGAGGUCAAUCCAUCGGGGGAGAUAUUUGCCGCAACUCAUCUCAUUCAUCAUGUCUACUCCAGCACACGCAGCAACGACCGCCGAGUCGCGGUUCCAAAGUUCACCCAGCAUGUCGUCGACACCAUCGGCCCCGCCACUGACGACCCCGCCACUGACGACCGCACUCGCGCCAUGAUUGGCGUGCGCUUCAUGAACUCCAUCGGGCAGGCCUCGACGCCAAUCACGAACGAGGGGUUGAGAAUUUGCGAUGUCCUAGGCCUUGAGUCGCUCGUCGAUGAGAUCGCGCACAGGCACGCCAGCGAGUCUGGAUCGCCCACGUCCUCGUCGAUCCUCGUGCCGUUCUGGUCGCUGAAUGCGCCGUUCAGGGAGUGGGGGAGCAAGCCGGUUGCCAACGCCGUGUUCGAUUUCUGGCAGGCGUCGUCGAAUGGGAAGUACGACUUCCAGGACGCGGACAACCAGACCGACAACAAUUUGAGGGGGAAGUUCAGGACGAACGAGAAGGGGAAGUACUGGUUUUACUACCUGAAGCCGACCGCGUACUCGCUGCCGACGGACGGGCCGGCCGGUGUGUUGUUGAAGUUGCUAGAUAGGCAUCCGUUUAGGCCGGCGCACUUUCAUUUGAUGAUUUCCCACGACUCGUAUAUCCCGGUGACGACGCAGAUCUUCCCGUCGGAUGACCAGUACUUGACGACGGAUACGGUGUUUGCGGUGAAGGAUGAUUUGGUUGUGGAUUUCCUGCCGUUUGAGGGGGAGAGAAGGCGACGUUAG